CACAUAAAAAAUAUCAUGGUUUCGCAUCAUAAGACAGUUAUACUUCUACAAGCGUUUACGGCUCUAACACUUCAGGACGGUGAACGGACACAACGGACAUGGUUUCUAUUUACUAUUCACGCUAUCUUCCAUAUACCUUGUUCACCUUUGUCUUCCGAUGGAACAUCAACUUUACGACACUCAUAUUUCUGUUUGUCUUUCCCGUGUUUGCUCCGCAGUUAUACCAAAAAUUUAUCAGCCGAUAAGGUGAACCUGAGUGCAUUCCGAGGCGAAGGAGAGCUCUCAAACCUGCAACUGGACGAGAAUGUACUCACCGAUCUGCUGGAGUUGCCGGCUUGGCUGCGUCUCACGUCCGCCUGGUGCAACCACGUGUCGUUUCGAAUAUCCUGGACCAAGCUCAAAAGCACGCCCAUAACACUGACGCUAGACGAAGUCAACAUAACAAUAGAAACAUGUGAAAUAGCACGUAGUGGAACCCCGACCGCGGGAUUCUCCAGCUUGUCGGUACCCCAAGGAAAGUACAGUUUCAUCCACAAAGUCAUCGACGGCAUAACGAUAGUUGUAAACACGGUAAAUGUGAACCUGAAGAGUCCCGCCUUCACGGCGUCGGUGCAGAUGUCGCGAAUACGAGUAGAAUCACGCACACCCAAGUGGCUGCUUGGUGACCUUCGGGUCACUAGGCUCAAAGACCCCAAUCGGGGUCUCAUACUGAUAUUUAAGGAACUAUCGUGGCAAACGGUUCGUAUCGAAGCCAGCUCUACGCAAGAUCAAAGUCUGACACCGUUGCGGUUGCUCACUAAUCAAGCGCGCUGUAGAAUAACUAUUAAGAAGAAACUGUCCGAUUGUAGUAUAGUAGCUAGUAGAUUGGUUCUAAUUCUGGACGACUUGUUGUGGGUACUGACGGACUCGCAGCUGAAGGCAGCUCUCCACUUUGUAGAUUCGUUAACGGGAUUGAUCAAAGCAUCCACCAACGUGGUUCAAAGGGCUAAGGCCCAAAGAAAACUGGAAACUCUUCCAGAAUAUCAAGCGCAGCUGGCACAGUCUUCGCGAAUACAGGACGUGCAACAACUGACGGCAGCUCAAAGGCAUUUCAAUAUCUACGAUGUUCGCGAAACUUCGUACCAUUUCUUCAGUCAACGAAUAGACUUGCAUCUUUGCGAUGAUGCUGGUACCGGUCGAUCUAGUCACCCCAAUUUGAAAAACGGAGGAGCUCUGCAGAUUUCUGUGCAAGGUUUCCAGAUAGAUUACUACCCAUAUCAUCUGGCGAAAGCGGACCGUUCUCAUUGGCCAAAAUACAAGGAAGCAACUGUUCCACCUGCUUUGUGGCUUGAACAAUCUUUGAACACUUUCCGUGAAUCGAUACUUAAUAUGUGUCAACCUAAUAGGAUACCUUCACAUCCCAGUUUGGAGAGAACAACAAAUCUCGGGCAGCAAGCACAGGGCUCUAGUCAGCAAACACAACGAAAUCCACCGUCCGCAGGAGGUACACAAACCGGAACGAAUACCGGAAUAAACACUCCCAAUACGCCUGGGUCCCAGUCGGCGUCCGCCUCGCCGAUGAAGAAGCAUGUCCUGGACAACCUGGCCAAGCUGAUGUGCGUAUGUGUGAUAAUGAAGGUGGAGGAGUUCUCCAUUUACCGUGUGACCACCUCUGGAAACAAACAAAUGCCAAAGGAAUUCAUUACUGCACUGAGCAAAAGGAAAAAAGGUGACAGAGACCGUUAUUCGUUACCGCCGGAAAUGCCCACUCUCCACGCGGAAUUUACUUAUUUUUACUAUCCGGGUGAUUUUGUGUUCCCAUUGCCUCCGUCGAAAGCAUUCGUCCACAUUAACCCAGUGCAAAUUAAUUUCGAUUUGGACAGCUGCCUGUGGUUUAGUUCCUUCGUGCUUAAUCUUCAUGAAAGUCUCCUUCGGACAAAUAAUGUUACGAGUAGUUUGAGUUCUCCUUCCACUCCGUCCUCGGGAGCUCAUUCCGAACCCCAGCCAAACCUGAUGUACAUGGACGUCAAAGUUGAAGUCAUCAUGCCUAGGGUUAUAUUUGAAGCAUCACCAGGUGCUCCCCAGCAAAGAGAUCGUCCCAAGGAAAUGCACGUGCAAGUGGCACGAUGUGCUUUGACAAACAUCCGGGAGAUGGGCGCUUCGCGCGCUGAUUUAGCGCAAGCCAUUUCUUCACUACAAGAAGGCAGUUUGGUGUUUGGAUCGGGAUUCCCAUCGAAACCUGGAGAUUUGUGCAUCGUAACGGAUAGGAUUCUGUCGCACAUUGCGGCUACUGAUGUCACUGCUUCUGGGCAACCUCUGUCACCGCAAAUGCAGUCAGCUUUUAGCAAUCUUACCAGGUAUGCCAUGUGGAGUGAACCACGAGAUGUUUGGUGCAUGAAAUUGGAUCCAGUAUGGGUGGAUUUCUAUGGGGCACGAUCAGUUGGGCCAAAUCGAGCAAUACCGUUUGUUGAUGCGGUCCCUGUUACAAUUUGGCUGCAUGGACGAUCAGAUAUUGACAUGUUACCUAACGAUCUGGUAACGACUCAACAGCGAACGGAUCCACCGGAGUCUACCAAUCGUCCCGAUUCGACAGCAUCCCACGAAAGCCUAAUUUUAUCAGUUGUUGGACUCAAACAAUCAUUACUAGACUUAAACAAUUCGAAUGGCAAUCACCAGCAACAAUAUCGCCAGGAGAGCACCGAUACUAGUUCAUCUAAUCGUAGCUCCAUAUAUCAUCCACCGUUGAUCGGUGAUAAUGUGAAAAAGAAAGUUUCCGGUUUAGCGAAUGAAAAUGUUAACCAAUUCCCGCCAACUACUCCCAACGUCCCUGUAGAUAGUGCUGCAGAUGCAACAACUAUGGCUGAUCUGCACGUGAUAGCGCAUGUUUCAAAUUUAGUUAGUGUUCAAAUUGAUCAUUACCAAUUUUUGUUCCUUCUACGCUUGGCCGAGGAACUGACUGAACUAGCUACAUUCCUGUCGUUAGAUUCGAAACGAAUCCUCCAAGCGGCAAACGUAGAGAACUCGAUCAUUGUUGGCUGUGUUAUACCGCAAGUGGAAGUUUCGCUUGUGAUGCCUUCGCAAACCCCAGGCAAAGAGUCGAGUGGUGGAGACGGGGAAAGCGUUCUACCCGAUUCCGCUAGUUUAGGUGAUGAUCUUCUUACUAAUGGUUCCGGUUGGCCAAACUCGAUGGAUCAAACCAGAAAUUCUAACAUCUUUAGCAGCACUGAUUGUCCUUCGCCCAUAGCCACUGAAGCACCGGUGGAAGUUCAACUUCAUCCUAUCCCAAACACUCACGGCCAUAAUGUUCAAAUACAGAGCGUUCCGACGACUUCAUCGACAUCUGGGGUAGCCUCUGCCGAAACACCAUCAUCAUCCUCGGUUGCAGUUAUAAAACCUCAGCAACCACAGCAGCAGCCUGCCCAAUCUAAAAGCCGCAGCUCAGGAACUGAUUCCGCCUCCUUUUCCAAAGAGAUCAACUCCGGGCUUAGUUCGAUGAAGAAGGGCUUUUCGAACUUCAUGACAUCGAUUGAUUCGGCACUGAAAACCAACAUGUCCGAUGAUAUAAGCGACACGUUGUCGGUUCAGUCGGAUCUCAGUUCCGAUUCGGAGAAUUACGUCAUUUUGCUAGGUGAUUCGGAAAAGACAGCCGACUGUAUGGAUGUGAUGUUCAAGCUCAACCCAUUCAACAACGAUAGCAAUAUGAAGGUGGCACCGAUCGAGGUGGCCAGCGAGGUUUGUGAGGAUCCGUAUCUGACGAAUAUGUCGUCGCCGUCCGAACCAUCCGAAGCUAGUAGUCUGCGUCGGAGGGAUCUAGUUUCGAUGGUUACGUUUAGGUUAACAACUGUAGAAGUUAUUCGUCAGAAUGUGGGCAAUUCCUCGUCUAUCAGACUGCAGGUGUCCGCGGUUAGUUGUGAUGAGUGCGGAUCUAUUCCAUGGGAUGAAUUCCAGAGUGGGCAGCAUAAGUCAAAGACCAAAUUUGGAGCAAGAUGUAGAGCAUGGAACGUUGCACCACACAAUGCGGAAGCUCCACCCUGCGUCGCGAUCAGGUUAGAAGAAAUUCUUACGCUACCGGCUGAUUCGUUGAACAUCACCGAUAAGAAGUCCAUCCUGAGUUGGUUCAAACGAAAGCUGAACGUGGAAGUGAAGAACAUCAACCUCCAGCUAUCGAUGAGCACGGUCGUGGGUUUGGGGGACCUAGCCGAAGAUGAGGUAAUCCCAACUCCUAUUCCCAUGGAGGUUAUGCUGGAGAAUGUGAAAAUCAAUCUUAUUGAGGAUCGCCCACCGGUGAACAUAACAUCGCCCGGAACGCUUCCUAUCAACCUGGCGAUUGGUCGUAUGUUUAUUACUCGUGAUGACGCUGGGGUAUUUUAUCUGCAACCUAUGGACAAAGGAGACGGUGCCCAUCCGACUUUGGCGCGGCGAACAGAACAGGAUUCAAGGAAGGAGCGUGAUCGAGAGGUGCUCUCAUUGCAGCUGGUAAUGCAACAGCUAAAGCUGGAUAACGAAAACUUGCGGAAACAGUUGAUCAGUAACGAGAAGACAUCGGAAACGAAUAAGGUAAAAGCCCGCCAGGAAAAUGAAGUGCUCCGUACGUACCUGAAAGCGGCCCAGGAUGACGUGAGCACCCUGUUGGAGGAGAAACGCACUCUGAUGGAUACCAUCCGGUCGCUGCAGAACCAACUGACGACUCUGAGCGACGUGCACAUGAAUGCAACGGAUGGUAAGAGAUAGCACAAUUGCAUGGACUGCAUACAGUGCUGUGGCGAGAAUCCAUUUUAAAGGGUAUCAAACCGGAAGGACUUGUUCGUGGCUUUGGUUUAUAUCGCAUUCCGCGGUUCGAUUGUUUGCUACACGCCAAGUCUGAAACUUUUAUUCCUAUCAAUGUUGAUUAUUCGGUUUGAUUGGCUCAACAUUAACUAUUGAUUCUAAAUGUUUCAAAAAAAAAAAGAUUAUGCUUUGCUCACACUGAAGUUAUGAAAGCUUGACGAAACACAUAAUUUUAGUAUAAGCAAAGCAUAAGACACUGCCUUGCUAAAGUCUGUUACAAAACAUAACCAAAUUCAGAAUUAAAAAAAUGCAUUAGUUAGGAAGUAAAGUUAAACAAAAGCAUCGUCAAACAUAUUAAAACGAACUAAUUACCCACCGUCAAGCCUGUAUGAGUAAGCAGUCGGUAAACGAAAACCGUAACGAGUGACAAAAUGUUUAAAACAAAUAUUGAAUUGAUGUGCUACAAAUAUGAACAUGAUUUGUUUCGUUCUCUCCAUUAUAUGACUAUCUAUUCAAAAAUUAAUACAGAAAACAACCAAUUCAUGAGAACAAUAGAUCAGUCAUUGAACCUACCGUCUUGCAAUGAAACAGACCCAUAUUCAGACCAAGUUUUCCAACGGAAAAUACACACAUGCACUUAAAGGGGAGACAACUUAACCUGAAAUAAUUCAAUGAAAUAAUCAGAAAUUGGGAGGCGACGAAAGGUAGCCAAAGUGGUGAAACGAUUAGUAACGUCACCAAUUCCACUCUCUAUUUUAUGUCUGUAUAGCUUCCACUUACACACUUGAUCAAUUUUUCUUUUACCUGUUCAUGUUUUUUUUUUUGUAUUUUCAUUGAAUUAUUUCAUAGUUUGGAUUUAUUUUAUUGAUUACUAUCAGGUUAACCAUAUAAUGCUUCCUUUAAUCAACUGCACAUGAUUUAGCUCGCUAUCUCAUCCGGUAUCAGUGUUAUUUCACUGUACGGGAGUACCCCAUUUGACAUAAUGUCAUUCGGCAAAACACCGUUUGGCAUAACGUACAGAACAAUUCAUUAGAGAAAAAGGGACAAAACUGAGAUUUUGCCAAACGACAUGCCAAAUUAGGUACUUCAUACUGUACAUAGAACAGACAUUUACCUUCUUUAUUGCAUAUUGAUGUUUGGAUAGUUUGCAACGGAAAAAAAACCUAUGAAAGAGGAUUACCAUUUACCAUCAACUAUUUCCAUCUUAUUGAGUUUUUUUUAAAUACUGAAUAUUCUAAUGCCCUUAAUACAUCUUAUUUUCUACAAAUAUUAUCAAGAUAUCAACUAAACUUUUCCAUAUUUUCAUGAAGGUCGGCAAUAAUUGUUUGAUUUUUUUUUUUUCGUUUGACUGGCUAGCACACCUUCUUUUCCUUAGUAUUAAAUUCACGAAUUUAUAGAACUACAACUUGAUCUACCGCAAGGCUUUUCUCUUUCAUUCUCAAAUGAGAUUAUUUUACCAUAACAUUAUUAGAAACUGAACCGACCUUUUGACACCCUGCACAUUCGAGUGAAAUCGAAAUCCCGAUUUUCACAUAUUUUGCCUGUUACCCUUUUUUUUCUAUCAAUUAUUCCAGAACUUGCAUUCUGAAAAUAUUACAAUUACAAAUCUUUCCAAAGCAAUAGUAUGAAAUUUCUAUGUUAACCAGUGAUACUUCGAUUAUACAUUUCUCCCAAUGUUAGCAAAUAGUCAUUUCAUGUGAUAUUAAUUUUAGUUCUAUAGGCCAGCUAUCAAAAGUAAAGCUAAAAGUACACACAGAGUAUGUACGUAAGCCUGUAGUAACGAUCAGCAAAUGUAUCUUAUAAGUAUAUCCGUACAACUGAACGAAAACCAGACAUUCGAACUCUUCAUCGCAGUCAGCGAAACAAAAGCUAGGAUCAAACAAAAACGUCUGCGUUAUGAACGAAAGACUUUUAUUUAAGCGUAUACAUAACAGAAGCAAAGUCAUUUGUAUAUUUUUUGUAAAUAGUUUGUUGUGACUCUAUUACUUUUACGGUCUACUUUUUGAAAAAAAAAUGUUUUUAGAAUAGCUUCUGCAAAUGAAAACAUUUUAUAUCAUAGAAUGUGGUCUCCUUCUUGGGAUGUACUAGUUGUAAAUUAGGUUGGCAUAGAGAGUGGUCAGAUUUAUUGAUGUUAGGUUCCAACAUUAAAUGGGUUAGUUUUAGAUUCAGGGUACACAUAAAAUGAAGCAAAGCAUAGAGUACAUUGUUUGCGUGAAUGCAACGUUCAACGGAUGUUAAAAUACUAAGAUUUACCAGAUUAAUAUAUUUACCAUUAUUGCAAUUAUUGAGACAGUCACCAAAAUCAAUGAAAAUGAGAAACAUACAAA